AUCGGCGAGGGCGGCACCUUCGGCGAGGGCGCGCUCUUCGGCUGCGCGUCGGACGCGGGGCGGUUUGUAGCCGUGACGGACGCGACGCUCUGGGCCGUCGAGGCGUCGACGCUGCGCCGGAGCCUCGCCGCGAGCUCGUCGCUGCGUCUCGCGUCGUUCGUCGAGAGCCUGAACCGCGUCUCGCUCCUCGCGCCGCUGACGGCGCGGGAGCUCGCCUUCGUCGCGCGCAACCUGAAGCCGCGGUCCUUCCGCGACGGCGAGCGCAUCAUCCAGCAGGGCGACUCCGACGACCGCACGUUCUUCAUCCUCGUCGACGGCCACGUCGUCUGCGAGCACGAGAACUCCGAGGGCGCGAUGAAGCACAUCGCGGCGCUCGGGCCCGGCGACUACUUCGGGGAGCUGGCCCUCCUCGAGAAGGCGCCGCGCGCGGCCCACGUCACGGCGACCGGCGACGCGACGUGCGUCGCGCUCGCGGCCGAGGACUUCGAGCGCGUGCUCGGG